UCAAUUUUGUCAUCAAAGCUGUGCUCAUGACGGCACAGUUGGGCUGGCGGUUACUGCCGUUGGUGAGUUUGAUAUGGUUUAGGCAAAUGCUCAGUGCCUCGGGCUUGUUAAAGGAGUCCAAAUAAUCAUGUAGCAAUGAACACUAUCAACUCAAAUUAUUGAAUUCCAAAAGAAACAAUUUAAACACUGAAGGCUCACAUCCAAGUCCUUAGACUAAUGUUAUUGACCCGAAAAUUCUUUACGGGAAUUUCUUAAUCAUGCACAGAUGAACUUGUUUUAUUAUUUAAAACUAGAGUAAAAGACUCGAUGUCAUCGGGAUAAUAUUGGUAGGUCCUUUGCUAUAAUUUCUGACUGCUAUUGCAAAAACUCAUCCCAAUUCAUAACUUUUAAAAUGUAAUGACAUUUACGUUGAUAACAUCAUUAUGUUUUGAGAAGUGUUUAUCUGCUAUAUAUGAUUCGCGUACCCUACACCCUUUCACGCUCCUAAACUACUGUUCCCCCUCUAAACAUCACCUUGAAUUACCCAGUCUAAAUCUACAUUAAAAAAUUAUUAAAAUUGCCGUUUUUUAAAAAUUAAACAUUAUCAGAAAAUCUUAAAACCAACAAUUCUUUGAUCUAAGAAGAAUCUCGCCAAUGUUUUUCACGCCUAUUUCAGAUUUUACUGUCUUAAAAAAAAAUUAAAUUGUUAAUCUCUUAAAAAUACACACCUCUUUACUUUUUGCAAAGUAACAACAAAAAUAUAUUUUCAUUUUUUUAAAAAGAAAAUAUUAACCCAUCUUCAUUUGUCAAAAUUUAAUUUUUCAAGUGUGUAAAAUGAUUGGGUUUUGAUACUUAUAGAUAUACUUAGAUAAGUGUACCCAAGAUUUGUUAACGCUAUUGAUUGUCUUAAUUGGUAAAAAUAUGUUUAUUUGUAAAAAUAGAAUUUAACAUCUCUUUUUUCAGAAACAUAAUACCAUAGGAUUUAAAUAUAUUGUCAUCCACAUAAAAAUGUACACAUCCUUUUUCAUACCACCGAUAUGAAUGUACCCAAGGAGGUUAAUUAUUGAUCAAAUUCAUUCCCUUAUUUUGAGGCGUAUCUUGUAUUGCCAUGGGCAAAAUGAAAUUACCCAUAUUUGUAAACAGAGAAUGUAACAUUUUAUUUUUUUAAAUGGAAUACCAUAGGAGUUAACGAUGUUGUCAUCCACCUAAAACUAUACACAUCUUAUCUGCUACCUCCGAGAUGUAUUUACCCAAGAAAAUUAUUUAUUUAUCAAUCUCAUUCCUUUUUUUGGAGACAAUAUCUUGUUUUUAGAGGGAAAAAAAAAACUUUAAUUCAAGGGCACAGAAAGGAGUAAAUUUUAAGUAUUUCUCUAGCGUAGUAAUUGUCCAUCAAUGUACUUCUUUAGUGACAAAUGUUAUAUAAUUAGUACUUACUUAGACUGGGUAAUUUAAGGUCAUGAUUAGAGGGGACAAAUGUAGUUUAGGAGCGUGAAAGGGAGUAGGGUAGGCGUAUAAUAUAUAGCAGAUAAAUGCCUCUCAAAAUUAAAUGAUGAAAGAAACGUAAAAAAAUCAUUAUAUUUUUAUAGUUAUGGAUUGUGAUGUUUUUUUACAAUAGCAGUUAGAAAUUAUCGCAAAGACCAAUCAUUAUUAUACCGAAAACAUCGGGUUAUUUAUUCUAGUAUUGCCUUGGGCAAAAUGAACUUACCCAUUUUGUAAAAAGAUAAUGUAACCUUUUUUUUCAUAAAUAAAACCCCAUAGGAGCUAAUUAUAUCGUCAUCCACGUAAACAUGGAGACAUAUUAUUUCCUAUAUCCGACAUGUAUUUACCCAAAAAGUUUAAUUAUUUAUCAAAUUAAUUCCUUUAUUUUGAGACGUAUCUUGUGCUGUCUUGGGCAAAUUGAACUUAUACAUAUUUGUAAAAAGAGAAUGCAACAUCUCUUUUUCACAAACGUAAUAACAUAGGAUUUAAAUAUAUUUUCAUCCACGUGAAAAUGUACACAUCCUAUUAACUACCUCCGAUAUGAAUGUACCCGAGACGGUUAAUUAUUUAUCAAAUUCACUCCUUUAUUUUGAGACGUAUCUUGUGCUGCCUUGAUCAAAAUAAACAUACACAUAUUAAUAAAUAUUUGUAAAAAGAGAAUGUGGCAUCUCUUUUUCACAAAUGGAAUAACAUAGGAGUUAACUAUACUGUCAUGCACAUGAAAAUAUUCACAUCCCAUUUCCUACCUCCGAUAUGUAUGUACCCAAGAAGGUUAAUUAUUAAUCAAAUUCAUUUCUUUAAUUUAAAACGUAUCUCGUGCAGCCUUUAGCAAAAUGAACAUAUAAAUAUUUGUAAAAAGAGAAAGUGGCAUACCUUUUAUCACAAAUGUAAUACCACAGGAUUUAAAAAUAUUGUUAUCCUCGUAAAAAUGUACACAACCUACAUCCUACGUCCGUUAUGUAUAUACCAAAGAGGUCAAUUAUUUAUCCAAUUCAUUCCUUUAUUUUGAGACGUAUCUUGUGCUUCCUGGAGCAAAGUGAACCACCCCUCCCCACCCAGAUUUAAAUAAAUUUAGAAAAUCUUUCACCGGAUUUUAGUCCUUUCCAUACCCAUACUAAUAUAUUUUGCAGUUCAUAUGGUUCGUUCUUAUUUGUAUGGUUGGAAUUUAUUACGUUGUAAUUUUAAUAAAAGUAUAUAUUUGGAAUAAAAAAGGCAAAACUUUUUAAAUGUUAAAAUAUUCAAAGCUAAAAUAUGUGUGUGUUUUAUUAAAAAUUCAAAAAGCAAUCAAUUGUAUUUAUUAGGUUUACUUUUAAAAGGGAAAAUACAUUGUCAGUUUUAUCAAGCAAGGUUAUUAACUUGCAUCUUCAGCCUGGGACCCAUUUACCCAGAAGAGCAUUGACAGGUUGGAGGCGGUCCAGCGACGAGCAGCACGCUUUGUCCUAAACCGCUACAGGAAUACCUCUAGUGUUGGCAGCAUGCUAGAAACACUAGGCUGGUCACCAUUGGAGAAACGACGACGACAAUCCAGGCUCUCCAUGAUGUACAAGAUAAAUAAUGGGCUGGUCCACUGUUCCAGUAUUAAACAGAAACUCGUCCCUCUCCCCCAUAGACAGCGACGAGGCCAUGACAGGCAAUUCAGGCUCAUACCAGCAAGAAGCCAGUAUAGGAGCUGCUCAUUCCUGCCCAAGACAAUCAGGGACUGGAACCAUCUUUCAAAAGGAACAGUUGAGGCGACAACACUAGACACAUUUGUGUCUAUUGCCUCAAGCCUUCAAACCCCUAGUGCAUAAUUUCAUCAUCACCACCAGUAACAGAAACAUUGCAAAUCCCAUCUACAUGCAUAGGAGCCAAAAUGAUCAAUAAAUUGAUCGUGGGCCCUUAAGAUAUAGAAGAAGAAGAACUUUAAAGAAACCUAAGAGUUUUGGCAAAAUAGGCUAUUCACCCUUUGACGUCAUUGGCGUGAUUAUUUAUGACAAAUUAAUUUUAUUUGUAAUUCGCAAUAUUAACAACGCACUAAAAGGCGCACUAAAAUCGACUGAUACUUGUGUUUUCCCGAUAAAUGUGAUUACGGUGUAAUUCUUUAAGCAUGAUUUUUAAAUUUUUUUAUUUUUUCAUAACUUUCAAACACAUAUAAAAUGCUAAAUUUAGUUCCUUAGUUGAUACUUUAAAUGUAUUUGUAAUUCAUAAUAAUAAUAUUUAAACUUUUACUAAAAUAAAAGUGGAUUUAAAAUAUUUUUUGCACAUUUAAAUUUAUUCGAUUUUCGUAAAAUAAUAGAACAUAACUAUGAUUGUUUUUAGAAAUCUGAACGGACUUAAAAAGUUCUUGCUUUUGGCGUUAUGGGAACCUAGCUCAUUCUUAUAUAUAUAUAUAUAUAUAUAAUAUCUAAGCAAUACAUUUUAAAAAAAAAACUUAGAAUUUGUAAAAAAUAAAAAAAAAAUUUUAAAAAAAAAAAAAAAAAAAAAAAAAAAAAAAAAAAAAAGAUAAUGAAUAAAAAUAGUAAUUCUUUUUAUCUUCAGUAUGAUUUUGAUCGACGAACUGGGAAAUGGUGGUACAAGGAAAAUACCGUAAGUACAAGAUCAGAUUUAUUUAAUAGCUUUAAUAUCCAUUCUUUGCAGAAUAAAUGGAAUCCUUUCCAACAGUUAAAAAAAAUCGGAAUAUUUUUCAAGUUAGAUCUAUAAAUUAAUUUUACAAAUUACUUUUACUAACCAACAAACCUUUUCAGGUAACUCAGGCACUCAAAAGCAAAUCAACGUCACAAUUUCAGAUCAUUCAUCCCAUCAAAAUUCUUUCAAAGUCAUCAUUUCAGGUCAAUCACCCACUCAAAAUCCUUUAAAAUCAUAUCCAGGUCAUUCAGCCUCUCAAAAGCCUUUCGGAUAUGACCUUUACAAAAGGCAGCUUUAAAAUGAACAUCAGCAAAGACUUGAAAGUCGAAUGUUCAAAGGACACAAUCACAAACUCGAAAUCUCCAACUUGGUUAUUGGACGGUUCAAUACCAGGGCUGUACUACGAGGUAAGCAAUCAAUACAAGAAAAUUGAGUUGGAAACUGCAUCCUCUUUCAAAAUCCAUUAUACUAACUUUGUCUAUGUCAGUCUGUUUAAGGUAUGGUCUUCAGAAGGCUAACUGACCCAUUUUCCGUCAUCCUAUCGACAACUUGAAGCGAUAGCGCUAAAAUUAUUGAACAGUUUGGCUCAAUCUUUGAGGAGAAUUAAAAAUGCUACAAAAUCAUUUAAGAAACAUUUUUUUUUUGUUUAAUAAGAUUUUGUUUAAUAAUGGCUUCCGAGUCAUUAGAUCAUGUGAGACCCAGCUUCUCGAAUUUGUAGAAGACUUGAUGACCAAUCUGGAGAACCACAAGCAGACUGACGUGCUAGUAAUGGACUUCGCAAAAGCAUUUGACCGGGUGAAUCAUAGUUUGCUUCUACACAAACUCCAGAUAUAUGGGAUUCAAGGCACCACUAAAACAUGGAUCUCUAGCUUCCUCAGCCACCGACGCCAAGCAGUAGUGGUGGGCGGUACAAUCUCCUCCUUUGUCAAUGUGAAGUCAGGGGUCCCCCAGGGAUCAGUCCUGGGCCCCUGUUUGUUCCUAGCAUACAUUAAUGACCUACCGGAGAAACUGGCAUCACAGGCAAGACUGUUCGCAGAUGACACAGCAGUGUAUAGGACGAUCGCCAAUAGAUCUGACCAGGACCAGCUGCAACAGGAUCUCAAUCUGUUAGCUGAGUGGGAGAUGAGCUGGGACAUGGAAUUUCACCCUGCCAAGUGCCAGACACUAUCAAUCUCUAGAAGUUGUACUCCUCUACACUACCAAUACAAACUGCACGGCCAUAUUCUUGGGCAAGUUUCAUCCGUAAAGUACCUGGGUGUUACCAUUCAAAGAGAGGUCCGCUGGGACGAGCAUAUUAACAAUGUAUGUAACCAAGCAAACCAAGCCUUGGGGUUCUUAAGGCGAAAUCUAAAGAUUGGCAACUCCUGUGUGAAAGAAAGAGCAUAUAAAGCCUUUAUCCGUCCGAUUUUAGAUUAUGCAUCUUCAGUCUGGGACCCAUUUACCCAGAAGAGCAUUGACAGGUUGGAGGCGGUCCAGCGACGAGCAGCACGCUUUGUCCUAAACCGCUACAGGAAUACCUCUAGUGUUGGCAGCAUGCUAGAAACACUAGGCUGGUCACCAUUGGAGAAACGACGACGACAAUCCAGGCUCUCCAUGAUGUACAAGAUAAAUAAUGGGCUGGUCCACUGUUCCAGUAUUAAACAGAAACUCGUCCCUCUCCCCCAUAGACAGCGACGAGGCCAUGACAGGCAAUUCAGGCUCAUACCAGCAAGAAGCCAGUAUAGGAGCAGCUCAUUCCUGCCCAAGACAAUCAGGGACUGGAACCAUCUUUCAAAAGGAACAGUUGAGGCGACAACACUAGACAUAUUUGUGUCUAUUGCCUCAAGCCUUCAAACCCCUAGUGCAUAAUUUCCUCAUCACCACCAGUAACAGAAACAUUGCAAAUCCCAUCUACAUGCAUAGGAGCCAAAAUGAUCAAUAAAUUGAUCGUGGGCCCUUAAGAUAUAGAAGAAGAAGAAGAAGAUUUAAGAAAACCAAAGCGCAGUGAGCAUGCUACAGCAGCAUGGAGAUCAGCGCUAGAUCAAUAUCCAAACAAUCGAUCAAAACACAUUCUUUCAAAUGUUCAGGCCCGAGCCGCAACCCGCAAACCCAUUAAAAUCAGCCUCUCCUGUUUUUCAUGGAGAAGAUAAAUGAAGUACGAUUCGCUCAAUGGGUGCGUGUCUUGGUGUGGAGAUUAGUUGUGCAGCUGUUGCUGUGUGCUUUGUAUUCGUGACCCAUUUUGAUAUGCGGUAAAAAAUAAAACGUAUUUUUGUACGGGGAGAAUGGAGGAAAUUAUGAAACGUGUUUUCGCCAGAAGUUUAUCCAUGUACAUAACGGCUUCGCAAUAAAUAAUACAUUACGUACAAUUACAUAAAUGCACAAAAAGUGUUUGUAAAUGAUUCACACGAACAAGUUUGUUUUUAGGUUUUUAUUUAAGGCGCUGUCUUUCUGUUCUAAUUAGAAUGAAAAGUGUGUCAUUGUUGUCUACACAUCGGAACAGCAGAUGGACGUGCUGGAUCUUAAUGGAUUUAUUGAAUGUCACUAUCAUUGAGAUGCCUCUAACUUUGCUCUGCGUCCAAAACUAAUAUUGCGUCUUUUUAAGAUUGAAAAAGGUAGCCUAAAAUAGCUCUUAAAUAUCUAGACUAAAAUAGCUCUGAAAUAUCUAGCCUAAUAUAGCUCUGAAUUAUCUAGCCUAAAAUAGCUAUUAAUUAACUAGCCUAAAAUAGCUUUGAAAUAUCUAGCCUAAAAUAGCUUUGAAAUAUCUAGCCUAAAAUAGCUCUGAAAUAUCUCGCCUAAAAUAGCUCUGAAAUAUCUCGCCUAAAUUGGCGCCGAAAUAUGUAGUCUAUAAAAUAGCUGUGUUACAAAUGUCAGCUCCCUCGGAUGAGCAAAUUCUCGAUUAAAGUUUCGUUAUAAAUCGUUAUUCUAACCAUUACAAAAUGCUCAUGGAAUUGUAGUCACAUAAACGACUGAGUCCUAUAACUGACCGAGUCACAUACACAGCUGAGUCCUAUAACUGACCGAGUCACAUACAUGGCUGAGGCACACAAACGACCGAGUAACUUUAUCAACCGAGUCACAAAACGAUUGUGUCGCCUUAUCGACUGAGCCACAUACGAACACACCAUAUGCCUAUAAAAAUGAAGUACGUUGUGCAUUGUAUUGACAUGUUUGUAUACUUUGCUGGGGAGCGAUUUGAUACGUUUUCCCAUGAAUUCUAACCUGAAUUAAAUGUAAACCAUUAAAAAGAUUCUGAAGAGUUUUGACCUGUAGCAUCUAAUCAAUUAUAUGACAUAGAAUACUUUGCUGGAGAGCGAUUUGAUACGUUUUCCCAUGAAUUCUAACCUGAAUUAAAUGUAAACCAUUAAAAAGAUCCUGAAGAGUUUUGACCUGUAGCAUCUAAUCAAUUAUAUGACAUAGAAACACAGCUUUAAUUUAUUUUUUUUAUUUUUUUAAUGCAGGAAAUCUUAGAGAGGGCACGCUACCUUUUUGAAGAGGCCAACGAGGUAUGUCCCUUCUUUACAACAACUCUUUGACUAUUUUAAAUGACAUAUAUUAUGUCUUCUGCCUGCUCCUCUAGAUGUGAAUCAGAAUAAUUUUAAAAAAUAAUAAGCAACUCUUUGGGAAAAGAUUUACCCCAUUUUUCAUUUAAACAGAAACUUAUUUCAUUUCCCAUGAACAAGUAGUGAAAACAAAAUAAAAUUAUAAUAAAUAAUUUAACGAAGCAUUUUAAAAGGGGAAUUUAACAAUCGCACGAAUUUAAAUUAGAGUUUCACUUCUUAAUUUCAUGACUUCCCAGCGUGGACGGUUCGAAAGUCGCGACCAAACACGUGACUAUGACGAGGUGGCUCACAAGCUGCGAUGGUUCAUGCUACCGAGUGAGGCGGUCGACGUCAUUUAUGGAAGAAAAGUGAGCGAGGAUACAAUUUUUUUUCUUCCUGUUUUUUUUUGUUCAGCUUUGCGUACAUGUAAAAUGAUUUGUUCUAUACCUAUACGCCAUACGCUUUAUUUUUAAAAAUUGUAAAGCGCUUAGAGCUGUAAGGUAAGCGCUAUUACAAAUAUGCCUUAAUAAAUACGCUCGCUUGACUAAUUUCUUUGAACGUAUCAAGGAUAUCAUUACGAUCGUUUGGGAUCGUUACGUCAUUGCAACGGGGCUACCGAGUCUACGAUGUCAACGCAGAGUGGCGGGACGGUUCUUUUAUAUUAAAUAAUAAUAAUAAUAAUAAUAAUAAUGUGUUAACUGAUUAGUUCUCACUAUAUGGGUUGUUUUUAUUAUUCUUUAAAUCCAUACGUAAAAACGGCAUUGAAUCAAAUCUUUGACUCGCCCUGGGGGGGGGGGCACUGAUGGCAACCGUGAUUUAUCUCAAGGUAUAACGGUAUUGAAAACAUCGUGUGUUUUAUUUUACACUAAAUCCUUAUAAAGUGGAGAGGUAUAUAGAAAAUGUCUUUCCCCAUUUUCAAAGGAAGAAAAAUCCUACACCUGUAAUUGGAGAGCUACUAGCUUACUAUUUACUCAUGGAUGUAAUAUUAUUUCCAGGUGACCUGUGUAGCCCCAGAACAUCUUCCCUUCCUUCCCGUGACCUUGGCGGAAAAGUUGAAAGCCCAGAGCAACAACCGUUACAAAUGAGACGCAAGUAGCCCCUUCAUCGAUUUGAAGAAGGCAUUGCGGACAGCUCAUGGGGGCUCCUAUUCGCAACAACC